GCGGUUCGGAUCCAAAGUCAACGGCACAAGCAGAUCAAAUGGUCACCCCGUAAGCAUGUCGCAGACUCUAGAGGGGGUCUGCUUGUGCGCUUCAACCAUACAUCGCACCUGCUGGGCAACGCGACAGCCAGAGACCUCCAGCUUGAACAACUACGUCUGACUAAAGGAGCUGAGGGUUGUAUGCCUCAAGAGGAUAUCGUGCAAGAGCUGCAGGGUAGAAUGGUUGAUGGGCCGGAGGACCGAGCGAAUGGAUGGUGGUCGCCAUCCAACCUCGCACAAAUGCAAGUGGUGUGUGUCUCAUUGUUCUCGUGGAACCACUUUCCGGUCUCUCCAAUUUUGUUGCCAUCUUCCUUGGCUUUUCGGUAUCGAAUCCUUGCCAUUCUGUCAAGUCUCGUAUAUAUCCUGGAAGGAUAAUAUUUCUAUACCAAUCAAGCCGGUCUAAUAUCCAAUCCCUCCACCUCUCCCCCUUAUUUUUAUACUAUGCCACCAUUCCCCAAGUAAGCACAACUGCACAAUUCCUCCCCGCCUUUUCAAUCUUGCAAAUCCCCACCAAACUUCAACCUGCAAAUGCAGAUUUUCCACCCAAAACUUCAACCCAACCCUUCCACCUAGUCCCCUGAACCUCAUCGCUCGCAUUGGCAAGGAUUAUAUUCCAUCAUGCUGUCCCAGCAUUCCAA